CUCUGACCACGGUCGGGGCUGGAGACACGGAAGAUCCCCACAGCCCCAAUCUUCCCCUCAACUCCUCCGCCGCCCGCAUGGAUCCCGCCGCCGCGUCGCCGGAUCCGGCGCCGGCGCCGGCGCCGGGGGCGACCUCCACGGCGGCGACCGUCCUGGACGGCCUCGGCGCGGAGGUGCUGGCGGUCAUGUCCCCGGUCUCCAUCUGCAUGGCGCUCGUCGUGCUCCUCAUCUCCCUCCUCGCGCCGCCCUCCUCCCCGGGGUCCGCCGCGGCGGCGCCCCCGCCGGUCACCGCCGCGACGCUCGUCUACCUCGAGAGCCCCAACGACUCCCCGGGGCAGAAGUUUGUCGGGGCGCUCCUCGACGCCGCCGUCUUCGUCGCCCUCGUCGCCGUCGUCACCUUCGUCCUCGUCGCGCUCUACUAUUACCGCUGCACGGGGUUCCUCAAGAACUACAUGCGCUUCUCGGCCUUCUUCGUCCUCUUCUCCAUGGGCGGCGCCAUCGCCGCCGCCGUCCUCCGCCGCCUCGGCGCCCCGCUCGACGCGGCCACCGCGCUCGUGCUCCUCUUCAACGCCUCCGCCGUCGGCGUCCUCUCCGUCUUCGCCUCGGCGGUCCCCAUCGUCGUGCGCCAGGGCUACAUGGUCGCGCUCGCCGUCAUCGUCGCCGCCUGGCUCUCCAGGCUGCCCGAGUGGACCACCUGGAUCAUGCUCGUCGCGCUCGCCCUGUAUGACCUCGUUGCCGUGCUCGCGCCGCGGGGCCCCCUCAGGAUGCUUGUCGAGCUCGCCUCAUCCAGGGACGAUGAGCUCCCUGCCCUCGUCUACGAGUCGAGGCCUACGGUUGGGCCGGUCUCCGGUUCUUCCUCCUAUGCCUCGGCAAUGGGGUCAGUUGAGAUGCAGCCAGUGGCCGAUCCUGAUCCUGGUCGGUUGGGUGGCAAUCAGUAUGACAGGGUAGAGCAAGAGGAUGAUUCAAGCCGCGCCGUAGUGGAAAUGAGGGAUCUUGGUGGUAGCCAAUCAAGCAUUCGAGACAGGAGCCGCUCAGGUGGUUCUGAAUUACAAAUGAGGAACCUCGAAAGAGAGGUGCCUAUGGGAGUGCCGGUGCAGUCAACAAAUCAGGGUGGGAGUUCACAGCAUGCUGUCAUUCAAAUUAAGCAGCAUGAGGAAGAAGGAGAGACGGCGCCUUUGGUGUCGGCACCAUCCGCGAACAAUUCAGUCCCUAAUGAGGAGCACAGACAAAGUUCUUCGCCGGAGGAAGACUCUCCUCUGGACUUUGAGAUGUUUGAGUCUACCAGGGGCAUCAAGCUGGGACUUGGUGAUUUUAUCUUCUACAGUGUGCUUGUGGGGAGGGCUGCAAUGUAUGAUCUGAUGACGGUCUAUGCAUGCUACCUUGCUAUCAUUGCUGGCCUUGGCUGCACCCUUAUCUUGCUGUCAAUAUGCAAGCAUGCAUUGCCUGCACUCCCAAUCUCCAUCAUGCUGGGUGUCACAUUCUACUUCCUGACUCGAUUGCUCAUGGAGCCAUUCGUCGUUGGCUCGUCAACCAACCUGGUGAUGUUCUGACUAAUCUGCUAUCACCAUUUUAUAUAUGUGAAACAAGAAAGAGGAAAUGAUCAGCAUUUUUUCAGUGGCUGGUAUUUUGUUGGUCACUUCGUAGAGCAGUCAUUUGUAUUUACCAUCACUAGGAAAUGUUGUUACCAGUAUAAAGACCUUAGGCUCUUAAGGUAGUGUCAGGGAUUAGCUAGUUACAUGUCUUGUAUGAUUCUAUCAACAUGGCAUGACAUUUGAGAAGAAAGGAUUUUCUUUUCACGUGCUCCUAAUUA